AUGCCUCCCCACCCUGUUCCACACUUGCAUUCCUCUGCCGCCUCCCCGGAGGGGCCGAGGGAUCAUGAUGACGGGGCACCAUCUUCGCAUGUGUUUCUGUCGCGGGAGGAUGAGGAUGAGCUGGCAGAGAUCCAUCGCACGCUGACUGCACCGAGACGGCAGGAUGCGCGCGAAUAUGCGGAGCCACAUUCUUCCUUUGAUAAAUUCUUGGACGAGGAGGUGCGGGCUGGGAAGAUGAAGUCCAACCUUGGGGUUUGCUUCCAGUCCCUGUCCACGUGGGGUGAUGGAGAAGAACAUGUAAAGGUCAAGACCCUCGGGACGGCUCUGUGGCGCACUUUGACGCUGCAGGAUGUCUACGAGUGGACGAUCAAGCCGUGGGUGUCGAAGAAGAAGCCCGAAGAUGGGCGACAGUUGAUCCGUGAUUUCUCGGGUGUGGUGCGGAGCAGUGAGAUGAUGCUUGUUCUAGGACGACCCGGAGCAGGAUGCUCGACCUUCUUGAAAACUAUCGCCGGCGACCAUGCGUCGUACCUCGGAGUGACCGGAUCCAUCGACUACUCUGGCCUGAGCCUGAAGGAAGUCAAGACUCACUACCGUGGCCAGGUCGCCUACUCCCCGGAGGACGACGUGCACUUUCCCACCCUCAACGUCCGUCAAACACUAGAGUUCGCGUUGCAGUGCAAGACGCCCAAGCGCUACCGCGACCGCAUCCCCCGCUACCUCGAGAUCUACGGUCGCGUCUUCGCCAUGUCUCACACGAUGGAUACUCUGGUUGGAAACGAGUUCAUUCGGGGUGUAUCCGGUGGUGAGCGCAAACGUAUCUCCAUCAUCGAGUCGCUCGCCACCGACUCCGCCGUGAUGUGCUGGGAUAACUCGACUAGGGGGUUGGACGCCUUGUCGGCGCUGGACUACGCACGCAGUCUCCGCAUCAUGACCGAUACGUGCGGCAAGGCCACCCUGAUGACGCUGUACCAGGCCUCGGACGCCAUCUACGACCUGGUCGACAAGGUCCUGCUCAUCGACGAGGGCCGCAUGCUCUACCAGGGUCCGGCGCGCGAUGCAAAGCGCUACUUUGAGGACCUUGGCUACGAGUGUGCGGACAUGCAAACGGUGUCUGACUUCCUCACGAGCGUCCCCAUCCCCGAACGACGACGGUUCAAGCCGGGUUGGGAGAGCCGUGCGCCGAAGGGAGCGGAGGAAUUGGAGAGGGCGUUCCGUGCCAGCAGUGCAUAUGAAGCCGUGGAACGGGACAUGCAGGCCUACGAGGAUCAGCGCUUAGGUGGCAGGAGUAGCCAGGUAUCGUCAGACGACACGGACACUGGAAGCCUGGAGGAGUUUAAAAAGGCCGUGCAGACGGAGAAGUCGCGCUUCGUCUCGCCCAAGUCCCCCUACACCGUCUCUCUCUUCCGGCAGAUCGUGCUCUGCGCUCGGCGCCAGGUGUGGCAGACCAAAAACCACAUGGGGCCGAUUUACAUCAAGCUAAUGUCCGCCGUGGUGUAUGGCUUGCUGAUUGGGUCGCUGUUCUACGACAUGCCUCAAACAUCUGAGGGACUCUACUCGCGUGGUGGUGUGGUCUUCUACUCUUCGCUCAUGCUGGCCUGGCUGCAGAUGUCCGAGCUGGAAGAGGCAAUGCAGGGACGCGACAUUCUCAGUCGUCAGAAGAAGUUUGCUUUCGUUCGCCCCAGCGCCGUGUGUCUGGCACGUAUGUUAUCUGACAUCGUGCUUCUGUCCACCAUCAGUGCUCUGUUCCAGGUCGUGGUUUACUUCCUUUCUGGACUGAAGUCUAACGCUGGAUCAUUUUUCAUAGACUACUUGUUCAUCCUCCUCUGCGCGCUCGCUCUGACAGCCCAAUUCAGACUCUUUGCUGCAUUCUCGAGGACGUUCGAGGUUGCCCUUCGUUAUACUGGUAUUUCUGUUUUGACGUGUAUUGUUCUUGGUGGAUAUGUCAUCUCGCGAGAGAGGCUCAUCAAUCUUGUCCCUUGGGUAGGGUGGAUUGCCUAUACCACACCGGUAAUCUACACAUUCGAGGCGAUGAUGGCUGCCGAAUUCCACAACACUGACUUCGCCUGCUCUCCUGGCUCAAUUGUGCCCUCUGGCCCCAGUUACACUGAUCCCGCCUACCAGACCUGCGGAUACUACGGAAGUCGCAUCGGUACGACCAUCAUCCGCGGCGACGACUACAUGGAAUCGCACUUUGGCUUCUACUACAAGAACGUCUGGCGCAAUUUCGGCAUUCUGUGCCUCUUCACCGUGGUCUACAUGGCUGCAACGUGCUGGGUCUCUGAGAUCAAGGAGUGGGAGUCUUCCAGCGCAGGUCCGAUCCAGUACAAGAGUUCGCAGAAGAAGCUCCGAAGAAACCAGAUGGUUCGGGACGAGGAAGGAGGUGCAGUGCAAGUGGAUGUAAAGGGUGUGCCUGCUGCUCGCGGACUUCCAAAUCCGGAUCAAGCACACGAGCAGGCAGCAGUCCUUGCCUGUAAGUCGACGUUCACGUGGGAGAACCUCGAGCUGCAUGUGCAGAUCGGAAAGGAGUCCCGGAGGUUGCUGAACAAGGUGUCUGGGUACUGCAAACCGGGGAGCUUGACGGCCUUGGUUGGUUCGUCUGGCGCGGGAAAGUCGACCUUGUUGACUGCUCUUACACAACGCCAGAGCUCGGGUGAUUUGACCGGCACGAUGUUCGUGGACGGACGUCCCACCGAUGGGUCGUAUAAUCGCCGUAUUGGCUAUUGUCAGCAAAUGGACAUUCAUGACGAGAGCAGCACCAUUCGCGAAGCAUUUGAGUUUUCGGCACUGCUUAGACAGAACCAGAACGUUCCUGAUGCGGAGAAACUGGCCUACGUCAACGUUGUUCUGGCUACGCUCGACCUGGUUGACUUGCAAGACGCUGUGAUCGGCUGUCUGGACAUCGAAAAGAAGAAGCGCGUCACGAUCGGUGUGGAGCUUUGUGGGAAGCCCGAAUUGGUCUUGUUUCUGGAUGAGCCGACGAGUGGUCUUGACAGCCAAGGUGCUUCAAGCAUCGUGGCGUUGUUGAGAAAGCUGGCUGAUCAGGGCUUGGCUGUCCUUUGCACGAUCCACCAGGCUAAUCAGGAACAGUUUGAGGAGUUCGAUCGAGUCCUGGCACUCAGCCCCGGUGGCAACACGUACUACUUUGGUGAAGUCGGAGCUUCAGGCCGUGCUAUCUUUGACUACUUCGGAAAGCACGGUCACAAGCCCGAGAAUGUCACAAAUGCAGCAGAUUACCUCAUUGAGAUUGCCGUGAGUGGUAUGAAAGAUGCAGAGAAGAGUGUGAAUUGGGUCGACGUGUGGAACCAGUCCAGCGAGUUCGCGGCGGUUAGGGCUGAGAUCCAGGCCAUCCGCGGGCAGGACAACGCGACUGAUCCAGCCAGCGUCCACAAGCCUUCCUCCCCAUCCUUCUAUCGCCAGGUGAAGCUGCUGUCCGCCCGAACGCUGCGACAGUACUGGCGCAGCCCCGAAUACCCCUACUCGCGACUCUACGCCUCCUUCGCCCACGCCCUCCUCGACGGCCUAACAUUCUACCAGCUCGGUAAUAGCGCCACGGACCUGGAGUCCAAAGCUUUCCUCUGCUUCCUGUGUCUGAUGCUUGUCCCCGAGUUUAUCAACGCUAUCUCCAUGCGCUUCGUCUUGAACCGAGACAUCUGGCUGGCUCGCGAGGGUCCCAGCGGCAUGUACGGGUGGGUUGCAUUCUGUACGACCCAGAUUCUCUGCGAGAUGCCGCUGGCAAUCGGGUCCGGCGUGAUGUUCUACCUCAUCUGCUACUUCACUGCCGGGCUUCCGUACGGGUUUGCGGCCGGGUACAGUUUUCUCAUGUUCUUCCUGUUCUUCCUCUUCGCGACGUCGUGGGGACAGUGGAUCGCCGCGCUCAGUGCUGACGCAACCAUCGCCGCUACCCUGAUGCCAUUCUUCAUCACCAUGUGCGAGCUGUUCAACGGCAUCAUCCAACCGCACGACAAGAUGCCCGCCUUCUGGAAGUACACGAUGUACUACCUCACCCCCUUCACCUACUGGAUCGGCGGCGUUCUGACCUCCGUCCUGCGCGGCGCGCCCGUCAUCUGCGAGCAGGAUGAACUGAGCUUCUUCCGUAGCCCCGCGAACAUGACCUGCGGCGAGUAUGCCGGGCCGUGGCUUGCGGAGAAGGGCGUGGGGUAUCUGUCGAAUCCAAACGACUAUGAUAUCUGCGGGUACUGCGAUUAUAGCUCUGGAGAUGAGUACCUCUCGCAGAUCGGUCUCGAUUCAUCGUAUAUCUGGCCGUAUUUUGGAAUUUUCUUGGCCUACGUUGUGUUCAACUACUCGGUUGUGUAUUUGUUGGUUUACCUCCGGUCGGUGAAGAAGUUGUUUUGAGAGUGAGCCUUGACAUUUGGAUUUUCGGGAUGCGGUGUAUAUAGUGGCAGAUUCUCG